AUGAUCCACAAGGAGGAUGCGGAAGACGCGGCAAGCGAUACAGGCAGCCACAUCAUGCAGCUCCGUAUCGUGAGCCGACUUGACGUACAGUACGUCUCUGUCAAACGAGACUCCUCGGGUAAGGAGGUCACCCUCCGUCGCCACAACUCGUACUCGACAAUCAACGGGUACAAGAGUGCCAUCAAGUUUCUGUACACUGAACGAAAGUGUGAUGUCUCCAACGAGUUGGAAUCAACUCUUGCGCAGUUUGCUAAUGGAUACAAGCGGCAUGUUGCUCAACUGAAAGAGGAUGUGGCGAUCUCUAUGGCAGAGGCCGAUCAGCCGUGA